CACUAACCAGGUUUUGAUGGCGGAUGAGAGCGGAUUGAUGGAUAUAGUGGCCCGGCGAUGGAGCACCACGGUGUCAGGCGUCCCGAGGCCCUUCAUCAGAGCAGCAGGCAGAUUUCCACGGCGGGAGGAAGAAAACGCACGUGAGCCACUGGCACCAUGAGACUCUCGUCCGCCUGGACGACACUCGUUUUCCUGCUGAUGCAAGGAGCGUCGAGAGCCUGCACAGUGAAGAGAUCGGGCGGCAGCGCGGGAAGAUUUUCCAACGCCACCCUCGUGCGCCUGUCAGAGUUUUUGAGCGCCGGGUACAAGAAGGGAGUGAGGCCAGUGAAAGACUGGAGGACCUCCACUAUAGUCGCCAUCGACCUCAUGGUUUACUCCAUCCUGAACGUGGACGAGAAGAACCAGGUUCUGACAACAUACGUGUGGUACAGACAGUCGUGGACGGAUGAAUUCCUGGUCUGGAACCCAGAAGACUUUGACGAAGUCAAACAAGUUUCUCUGCCCACUGCCAACGUGUGGGUGCCCGACAUCCUCAUUAAUGAAUUUGUCGACGUGGGGAAGUCUCCAGACAUUCCUUACGUCUACGUGACGCACGACGGACUGGUGCGCAACUACAAGCCCAUCCAGGUGGUCACGGCCUGCACGCUCAACAUCUACAACUUCCCCUUCGACGUGCAGAAGUGUAGCCUCACCUUCCAGAGCUGGCUCCACACCAUUGACGACAUCAACAUCACGCUGAUGCGAAGCCCCGAGGAGCUCAGGGAGGACAAGAGCGUCUUCAUGAACCAGGGAGAGUGGGAGCUGCUCCACGUGCUGUCCAAAUACAAGAUCUUCAGCGUGGACAACGACGACUACUACGCCGAGAUGAAGUUCCAUGUGGUGAUCCGGCGGCGGCCGUUGUUCUACACGGUGAACCUGCUGCUGCCCAGCAUGUUCCUGAUGGUGAUGGACGUUGUGGGUUUCUAUCUGCCGCCGGACAGCGGGGAGAGGGUUUCCUUCAAGAUCACCUUGCUGCUGGGCUACUCCGUCUUCCUCAUCAUCGUCUCCGACACCCUGCCGGCCACCGCCAUAGGAACCCCGCUGAUAGGUGUGUACUUUGUGGUGUGCAUGGCCCUGCUGGUGAUCAGCCUGACGGAGACCGUGCUGAUCGUGCGUCUGGUCCACAAGCAGGACCUGCAGCCGCCCGUGCCCCACUGGGUGAAGUACCUGGUGCUGGAACGAGCUCCGGUGCUCUUCUGCAUCCACAAGAAGCACCGCCUCUGCUCCAGGUUGUCCUCCCAGGCCUCCGACCUGGAGCACUACAAGGACAACAGCUACGGGACGGCGCGGUGCGGCCACCGCCACCAGCACACCUGCGAGCUCGGCCAGAGGCUCAGCCAGCACGACAGGGAGGGCGGGCUGCUCGGACUCGGCCUGCCGCCCUCCAGGGAGCCCGCGCCGCCCGCGCCGCCCGUCAUGGACAACAUCCUGCACGAGGUGACGGCGAUUCGCCACUUCCUGGAGAAGAGGGACCGCUGCCGGGAGGUGGCCAAGGAGUGGCUGCAGGUGGGCUACGUGCUGGACGUGCUGCUCUUCAGGGUCUACCUGGUGGCCGUGGUGGCCUACAGCAUCACGCUGGGCACACUGUGGUCGGUGUGGCAGGUGGCCUGAGUCUCGCCAGUGGCGCCGGCGUGGAUACGAGCUCAGUAGGUGUAGAGCGAGGAAUUUAAAAAAAGGGCGAGACUUGUUGCUCUGCGGGCCCGUGUGGCUCAGCGGGGAAACAGGGGGCCGCUGGUGGAAGUGGUGGAACGGUGAAAUGGUCCCUGUACUCUGGGAUCUAUGUCCCUGCAAAGCGUUUAUUAGUGUUAUCACCAAUUUAGUUCUGAUCAAAGAUGAUUUUCAGGGCCAGCCCAGAGCAACCGCAUAGACGCCCCCUUUUCAUAUAGAUGACAAAUAAUAGUGCGAGAAAAGAAAGAGAGAGAAAUAUAAAAGGUUUCAGGGCUUCCAAACAGUCCGUUACACUAGUUUUGGCCCAUGUUGAAUAUUACCACGAUGUUCAUGUAUUAAUGAUAAUCUUUGUCUGUCAAAAAAACAUUAGCAAACCGAUGUGAUGAAGGUGAAACCCUAGGACAGAGAAUGUGGACACUGGAAGAUGUGACCGUCGGUAUAUCUGUUCACUUCAGAGUUUUUCACAACGCUCUUGCUGCAAUCUCAAUAUUUCAAAUAUGCAUUAACUAUACGUGGAUUAAUAAAUAGAGGAUUCAUAUCAGUGAGGUAGUGUGGAACUAAAGUAUAUAGAGUCACACAGAUUGUUGAGGAGAUGCUUUGUGUUCAUUUUGUCUGUAGAUGAAAUGGUAGAAAUCUGUAGAGCUUAAAAAAAUAUACGUAUAGUAUUUAAUCCAUUCGACACCAUAAAUAAUAAGAUCUGUCAAAAAAAGCUACUAAAGCGUUCAAUAACAGUCACAGCUUUGGUAACAGUGUCUCUAAGUAAGUAUCUGUACACAGCGACAUAUUUUGGCUGUGAAGUUUUAGAUUUCACGUGUUAUUCCACAGUUUAUGAUUACAGUUUUAUAUUAUAUAAAUAAUGUAAUUGACAGUGCAUGUCAUGUUUUCAUUAAAGCUUCAUCGUUUGUUGUACGUUUCAUUGUACUUGAUCAAUGGCCCACGUGUUUUUCGCAGGCAUUUGACUUGUUUUUAUUCACUUUUUAGCAUUUUAUUCUAUUCUAUUUUUCGUCUAUUCUUGAA